CCGUGAGAACCGCUUUUACUUUUCGACACACCUGAGAGCUGCCGUGAGUUCGUCAUCGUAGUCGGUCCGUCGCUGCUAAAAACGCAACGCAGUCAGUCGAUCAAUUGCGUUUCUUACGUUCGUCGUCGUUACUCCCGUUGUUGUAUUGUCGAGCGUUACUAUUAAUGCUUUGUAAUUAAAAAAAAUAAAGUGUAAAAAUGCCGUACUACAAUGAUGUCCCGUUUUACUAUGGAGGAGGAGCUUACGCAAAUCACAGUUCGUUAAUGACGGGCACGGGACGAACACCCUUCCACCUUCCGUUGCCACGUUUUGCACCACAUUUGUCGACGAUCUCGGAGUCUCCGCUCAAUCAUCUGCAUCGUUUCUCACCGAUUUCUAUGAGGCACACGAGACGAGUGAUCGACACAGCGGACAUCGAUGUUUCGACACCAAGGAUUCUAUCACACGACGGACAUCGUCCCAGGAAUCGCUUGCGUCGUGACCGGCCUACCAUCAAGAUCAGAUCGCAGGCUUUGAAGGACAAUCCUGCGUUACGAAAACACAAUGAGAAACAUGAGAAGUCGGUGGGCGAGCUUCUCAUGGAGAAAUUCUUGAUUAAGGAUAAAAAGUUGAGCGAUGAUAAAAAUCAACAGGUGCGUUUAUAUCAUCAAAUCAACUUGGAUUGCGACGAGAAAAGUGAGCCUCUAGAGCGGGAAGCUCUGCAGAAGCGAGUCACACGUAGAUUUACGCGACGUCGAUCCUCCACUGACCUCGACCCUGAACAGCUGCGGCGCGAGGCCACUUACGCGCAGGUACAAGCAAAAGUUUUGGACAACCUUGUGGCCGAAGAGCAAGCACAAAUUGAGAAUGAGACCCGUUGUGGUACUCUAAUCAGGAAGGGCACGACGAUCAACUGUUCUUACUGUGUAAACAGCGCUGAUUCCGACACGAUGACGCAUGAAGAGGAGGAAGCGGUCGCAACAAGGAUGAAGAAAGCUAUGAAGAAAGCAAGGAAGAAGAAAAAGUCGAUCGUUGAUAAGAUCACAGACGAUGUUCUCGAUAACAGACGAUCGAGCACCUGUAGCGACACAUCCACCGAUUCGCGAAUAGAAAAUGAGGUGAAGCCACAGAUGUUUAAAAUUGAGGCCUGUAAUAGUGCCGGUGAUUUUUCUACGAUUUGGGUGAAUGCAAAUGUCGAAAACGAAAAGUGCAAAUCGACAACAGUUGACGAGUUUAAAGGUGAAAUUCAAAAUGGCAGUGCGUCUCCGAGGAGCGCGGACGAAGCGGAGACGCAGAUAGUGUUGUCUGUGAAAAAACCUUAUGUAAAGGAUUCGUCGAGCAAUAGUGUGUACUUAACGAUGAGAAAGCCUACGGAGAAACUCGAUGAGAAACUCGAAGAACUUGAAAAACUUGACGCAAAGAACGACGAAAGUCAAGUAAGCAUAAUAAAUGGCUUCGUCUAUGCGACAGAUAAUUUUAAGAAUGAUACAUUGGAGAGUUUAACAGGCAAAAAUUUGUCAGAAUUGAACGGAAUUAAGGAUACAGCUUUAGAGAAGAUUGCAGAUGAAAUAGAAUCUUUGGUAAAGAAAGAUGUUUCUUUUUUAUCAAAUGAAAAUUCACGAAAUAAACAAGACAUUGUCUCAAGAACAAAAAGUGACGUACAAAACAUCGAUGCUGAAGACAAUUCCUCAAAAAAUAUCGAGACGAAUCUUAUGCAAUCAAGUACUUCAGCAUUUGUUUCGACAAAUGCGCAACAAAACAACAUGCAAAUCAAACAGUUGUCAUUAUUGAAAGAUACUUUCGUUACACGUACAAAGAAGGAUAGAGGUCAACAGAAUGACAGUGCGGUUGACUCCAUGAAAACAAGUCUAGAAGUCUCUUCUAGUACCAAAACAGCAGAAUUUUUGAUUAACAAAAAUUUGGUAGCUUCAAAAAUGGACAAAUUUGUGGAGGAGAAAAACAGAUUGAAAUUUUUGACGGUAUCGCAGAAUCGCGAUAUUUCGAUUGAAGAUGGCAAUAACGCUGAUAAAAACAACACGAAUAGCGCGAUGCUCGUGCUUAACAGUGCGGCUUGUCGUCUGCCAAAAGCAUCUAAAAUUAAUGUGGAUAGAAAUAAUGCCGUAGAAGCGCCAGAGCUUUCGUUACGAGAGACGACGGAGUAUCUGGCAAACUCGCCGAAAAGUGCCGAGGACGUAGUCAGAGCUGCCGUGUUACCGGGAAAGAAGGCAAACAAAGCAUUGAAUUUGGCCCAAGUUCCUUCCACUGACUCUCUGAAGAAAGCCAAUGGCGUAGACACGGAUAAUAAAUCAACCUUCAAAAUUGACGCGUCUCAACGCAAUAACGCGGCCAAGUUAGAGAUUAAAAAAAUGACCUUGCUCAAGGAAACAAACUGCGAAGUGCGUAUUAACGACCAUAAUGAAGAAAUGAAAAAAGAUAUCGAUUUAAAGAAAGCAUCAAGAAACAAUGUGGGGAAACCUAAUGAAAAUACAUCAUAUGAUUUAUCUUUACAACCAUCUGUUUCUUUGGAAAAGAUGGAAAUAAACAUUGAGACAUCAGCCGACGUACCAAAAGAAUCAAAACUACUCAAAGCUGACAUCAAGAAAAUUAAUGGCGUCGACUUGAGAAAGGAUACGUCAAGAGACUCCGAGUUAUCUAGUUUUACGAGCAAAACGGCGAAGCUUAAUAGUGCAGAAUCUAAAGUGAAAACUUUGCAAUCAAAAACAGCUAUGAAUGAAGCCAGCAACGCGACAGAUUUGAAAAAAGUCGGUAAAAAUUUGGGCGUAUCUAAAAUUGUAGAAGUCGACGAUGGCAAACUGACGUCUCUUCAUAAAAAAGACAUCAAUGCACCAAGAAUCUUGAAGAAAAAUAUCUCUGUUGAUUCCUUGAAGCCGACUAAUGAGUGCUCAUCGAGUUUGAGCAAUCCGAACAAUCUUAUAGUUUCACAACAACUCGCCUUUGCCAAUGGAAAAGACAAGAUUACACCUAUUAAGAAAACGUUAAAGUCGUUGAAGCCUUUAAAUAAAGUGAUGGAAGAGAAGCUAACGAUUAACGCAAGUUGUGAGAAAUCGCCGCUGGAGGACGGACAAUUAUCAAAGAGUGCCUCCACCGAAUCUAUCGAUUUUUGGAAUGAGAUUAAAGCACCAGAGAGUCCCGAAGCGACGAUGAUUGAUUUCAAAAUUGAACAAAAGACAAAUUUAACGAUACCGAAACGAGUAUUUGACGAUUCACCGGUGAAAGAAUCCGAUAGCGAGAAAAAUGAUGUCAGUGUUAAAAUAAAUGUCGCGACAUCUAGCGGUCCAGCAGUCAUUGAAGGCGAGAGAAAGGAAGGAAAAAUUGUUCUGGAAAAUCUGGGAGCGAAGAAAGCGGAAGCCGCGAAAGAAAAGAACUGCACACUGGUGCAAAAAACAGCGCCCAAGAAGAAAAAUCUUUCGAUAGUGAUUGGUGCAAAGAAUUCGAACUCGACUGUGAAAAAGGCACCGUUGAAGCGUGACAAUUCUAUUAAUUCAAUACAAUCUGAUUUGACAGAUUCAAAAAUAUCUUUUUUGAUACCUGAAAUCACUGUGCCGAUCAUAAAUAUAAUCGAAGUAUCUAAGUUGUCGGAAAAAUCCGAAAAUUGCAACAUUGAUGAGGAACACGAAGAUCCUAGUACACCAACGAACGAGUUACUACCCGCUCCUUCCUUGACUGGGAAAAUUUCGCAGUGCAAUCAGGACGAUUUGACAAACGCCGACGACGUGGAAACUCCGGUUGUAUCGGAGGAGACCAGCUUGACUACUAGCCCCAGUCUCAGUCCGCAAUCCUCAAAGAUAAAGCGCACGAUCAAAAAGAAAUUAUCAACCAAGAAGACGUCGUCGCCGCCAAUAAAGAAUAACAGAGAGACGAAGGAGGCUCACAGCAAUGAAUCAAUAACGAAUCAACAGAAUACACACAAAUCCGAGAAGCAACUUUUGGCAAAACCUUCGACGAAAACGUCACCCAAGUCCAGCCCAAGGAACUCUCCGUCGCAGCGACCGCUUGAUCUCAUCAGGAUGUUCUACACGACACCGUCGGCGUUGCUCACUGCGACGCCGCGUGAUCUCUCCAAAGUUAGACGGGCAAAAAUCAAGAGGCGACGGCAUCAUUCGAGGACGCCUUCUGUCAGUAGCGACAGCACCGGAAGUACAACGAGCACCGCCACAAAUGAGAGCACGGACGGCAGCGGUUCAACUUGUACUGAGCUGGAUGAUGAUGCUGAACACAAGAGAAUGAACUCGACAAGGAGCAAUGAUUCCGGAUUCGAUGGUUCACCAAGGAUUUCGAAUUGUGAUAUGGCCUGCCAUAAAAAGUGCGAAAAGCUGACAGGAAAUCUAUGUGGAUUAAACCAAAAGUUAGUCGCGGAAGCGUUGCUAGCUUUGAAGAGAGCACCUUCGCAAUCAUCGGAGAAUCAACGUAACUCAGACUCCUCGGAUCAUUUCCCGACUGGUCGAAUAACACCACCGGCGACAAACUUGCCAAGGUUCAAGAAGUAUGCCGUGACAGACUUUAAUUUUCUCAAAGUCCUGGGUAAAGGCAGUUUUGGCAAAGUUCUACUGGCGGAAUUACGCGGCACAGAAUGCGUAUACGCGGUGAAAUGUCUGAAAAAAGAUGUUGUUCUCGAGGAUGACGAUGUCGAGUGCACGUUGAUCGAGAGGAAAGUCCUCACACUGGCGACGAGACAUCCGUAUCUUUGCCAUCUGUUCUGCACCUUCCAAACCGACUCGCAUCUCUUUUUUGUUAUGGAAUAUCUCAAUGGAGGCGAUCUAAUGUUCCACAUACAGAAAUCCGGUCGAUUUCCCGAAACACGUGCGCGUUUUUACGCUGCUGAGAUCUGGUCCGGAUUGAAUUUUCUGCACAAAAAAGGCAUUGUAUACCGUGAUCUGAAAUUGGACAACGUGCUACUCGACUUCGAGGGUCACAUUCGAAUCGCAGAUUUUGGCAUGUGCAAACUACAAAUCUUCCUAGAUAGAACAGCUGACACGUUUUGCGGCACGCCAGAUUAUAUGGCACCGGAGGUUAUAAAAGGACUCAAGUAUAAUCAAGCCGUGGAUUGGUGGUCGUACGGUGUUUUGUUGUACGAAAUGCUAACUGGUCAAUCACCAUUUUCCGGAUGCGACGAGGAUGAAUUGUUUUGGAGUAUUUGCAACGAACGGCCAUUCAUACCUAGGUAUUUGAGUCAAGAAGCUAGCGAUAUUCUGAUCUGCUUGUUGGAGAAAGAUUCUGGAAAAAGACCGCCUGGUCACGAGAUCGCUAUGCAUGCUUUCUUUCAGCAUUUGCCUUGGGAUCGAUUAGAAAGGAGACAAUUGGAACCGCCUUUUAAACCAGCGCUUGAUCAUACUUUGGAUACGAAAUACUUCGACACGGCAUUCACGACCGAACGUCCGCGACUCACGCCGGUGCCUGAGCAAAUCCUGAUUUCGAUGGACCAAGGUGUCUUUCGUGGAUUUUCAUACACAAAUCCAAACGCGACAGAUUAAUAUGUGGCAACGUUAAGCAGGAACAUAUGAUGUUAAAACCAAUGAUAUUCAUUAUUUUUUUCCUUGCUGAUUGUCUUGUGACGUGAAAUAACGAGAAAGAGGAGAUCUCAUAUUUUUGUUAAUUCUCAUAAAUUCGAUGAGAGAUUCUCGGUUUAUGCGUUCCGAAGAGUGACGCAAUAUAUAAAUGUAUCACAUUUUAAAGAUACAUAUUUGUACGAAUGAUGCAAACUGUGAAAAAAGAAUUGUGCUUAAAAGGCACAAAGUAACGAUUUUAAAGAUACAUAUUAAUAUUAAUAUAAUAUAUACUUAAGUCCGCUUUAGAAGAUCAUCUAUAAUUUGUGGCAAAAUUCGAGAUAUUAAAAUCUGUUUAUAAUUUUAUGCAAUAGAAAGCAGAUAAAGAUUUGGAAUACAUGCAUACAAAAUGCAUACCACUGAUACAGAUUUUGGGCAUGUAAAUAUUCUAAUGUUUCAAAUGUUUUAAAAUUUUAUCUUGCAUUAUGUCACGAAUUAAAAAUCGUUAUAACUGAAUUUUAUCGAUAAGAAA